AAAGGCAAUGAAAACAACUUUAUUAACAAGUGGAAUAUUAAUAUUCUUAUAAAAUUAAACGGUGAUUUUUUUUUAAUUUGGCAAAAAAAUUAACAAUGGGUGCCAGUAAUCGCUCUACGCGCAUAGCCGUUGGAAUUUCGGCAAUAUCCUUUCUGUUAUUUCUGAUUGCAUUCGUCUCUCCCUACUGGUUGAUCACAGAUGGUCGCAUUGCUAAUCCACGCUUUACAAAUCUUGGACUAUGGGAGGUGUGCUUCAAUCAUUUCCAAGAUAUACAUCGGUUUUACGACACUGUAUUCAAAGGAUGCAUGUGGGUUUUCGAAGAGGAGUAUUAUAUUAUACACGAUUUCCUGCUGCCGGGCUUCUAUGUUGCUGUUCAAGCUUUUGCCACACUGUGUUUCAUCAUGUGCCUUAUUUCUUUGCCACUGACAAUAGCUUUUUUGCGUACGUCCCGGGACGACGAUCGUUACGUGGUCUUGCUGCUGACUAUUGGUUCCUGCCAGGUGGUUGCUUCCAUAUUCGGUUUUAUUGCUGUUGUAAUUUUUGGUGCAAAAGGUGAUUCUCGUGAUUGGAUACCAGGAUGGCAAAAUAACGAUAUGGGUUGGUCAUUUGCAUUAGGUGUGGUGGGUAGCGUUAUGUUGUUACCAGCAGGAAUACUAUAUUUAGUAGAGGCACGCCGUGAACGUUAUCGUCAUUUAAACGAGAUUAGUAAUCGAGAAGUGAGUGAAUACGGUGGACCCUCCGAUGAUUACUACCAGCAACAAGCUCAACAGUAUUUCGCACCCGAGCCAACUAGGCCAAGGCGUCCGCCACCUGGUCAAAGUACUUCCGCCGCUGCUGCAGCAGCAGCUGAACUACCCAAAGCGGGUGGCAUACAAACAGAUAUUUGAGCGGUGAUGUUGUAAAAUUAAACAGAAGCACAAUACCAACGAAAUUUGCAAAGGUGCAUAUUUCAAUAAAAAAAUAUGCAGUAUAAUUAAUUUUAGAGUCUCCGAAAUAAUCGAUAUGUUUUUAUUUAAAAGUCGAAUGUGCCCAAAACACAAUAUAUGUACGUAUCUCGAAUAUCGGUCCAUUUCCUUGUGGCCAAUCGAUAUUAACAAGUCGUGUUUAACAUUCCUAAAAUAUUAAGUGCCUAAAACAGCAUAACUCGUCUAUCCGUCCAUUUUUUUUUAUAAUUUGUAUGUUUCUAUCAUUCCAACAUUGUUAUUUGUCCAGUAUUGUAAGCAUAUAUCAAAAGUUUGUGAAUAGAAAUAUAUUCACACAUG